AUGAAAGCUGCUCUCGAGAUGGCUAUGCUUCGAGAUCGUCAGCCACCUCCGAGGCAAGAGAACGAAGUCAUGGAACUCCACUUAGAGACACUUUGCAGAGCCUAUGUCGACGGCCUCAACACUCGCCGCCUGUCUCUUUCUGAUCCAGUCUGGGAGAGUAUAGCGCCUUGGUUCAAAGCAUGCCUAGACUUCCCGACACUCGACAGAAAUUGCCCCUUUAGCUUCGCAGGGUAUCUCGAGAUCUUCAGCCGGGCGAGUAGCCGCAGACCGAGCUACUACCUCAAGAUCACGGACAUCGUCAUCAACGUCGAUGGCCAAUCUGCUCAAGUCUACAUCACGAUGCAAAGCUCAGGACUGCAUCCUGGUGGGCUGGAAACGGUUGACGCAAGUCAUCUUAGCUUUGGAUUUUUCGAUGGGGAGUGGUUGUGUGUUAGGCUGGAGAUUUUGAGGGGUAUUGGGUCUGGGCAGGUCUAG